AUGAAUACUAGUUAUAUCGCUGCAGAAAUGCCAUCAUUCAACGAUGGUGGUUAUUUUUUGGAGACAGACCUAGAGGCAAACCUAGACCAUUCAGUAAUGCAGGGGUUUACCAGAAACCGUACGUCCGCUGUUCUACCAUGGUAUGAACGUCUCUCAUGGGUAUGGAAUGUAGUACCGUUAGCAUUUCAUGUAUCGGAUCCAAGUCAGUCUCAAGUUCCCUACUUCUCUUCAGCUUCACACCCGUGGAAUCUGGUCUCGCCCCAAGAUUUUCUGCCCUCUAAAUCUGCUAGUGGGAUGUCCACCUCAACAUUGACGUCAUCAGUGAUUUAUCCACCAGCUUAUGCAGAAUCCUCAUUAUCAUCUUCAUACACACCUCAGGCUGAUUCUCGAUCAAUGUCCGUCCAAGCUGAACAGCCGCAACUCAACAUGCCCGAUCAUCUUGUAUCAAAAGUACUCAAUACUAGUCGUGGAUAUCUUUUGUUUAUCCUCAUACUCAAGGAUUUACAUCCAAACAAGGAUAGUGCUAUUAAAUUUGCAGCCACCGCACUUACCAUGGCAGCACAAGCACAUCUUUAUACGAAAGCGGGUCUUGUACCUGGAGCCUGUAAGCCCCCCUCUCAAUCCUUCCACAGUGCUGAUUUUGCGGAAGGCUACCAUAUUAACAAAAUCCACCUGACUAAAGAUUCAGUGAUGUCUCAACGUCGAAAAUACAUGAGGAAUUUGAUAAAAGGCUUGAUGGAACCUGGCAUCAGUGGUCGUAUAGCCAAGAAUGAUGGGAGUAAACCAUUCAGCUAUCUAGCAUUUGUUGACAAAAAGCCGCCUACACCGGACAUAAUUUUAACAAGAGUAUUGAUGUUAUUGAGAAACGAAGAGUUUCUUGGGUUGGGCUCUCCAGGAUUACUUUCACUUAUGGUCAAACUCUUUUCACCCAGAAAGGGACGCCCGCGAGAAACAAUGAAGAACUGUUCCCACCCGUACAAUGCUUUUAUAGGAGAUAUGUUACAACCAAAUACUGUGGUUAGUGUCGCCGUGUUUGCCCGGUACAUCCUCAUGCGCAGGUCUAAUGAUGGCAACUGA